GCAUCUCUAGAGAAGGAAAAUUUUGAGGUCUCCGAAACUCUCUUCACAUAUCUCCGUCUCCGAUUGCCGCUGCAUCGACGCUCUACUCAGAAACGUUUCGCUGCUCAGAAUUUUACGAGAAGUAAAGGAAGGAGGAAAAGCAAAGAGAAAUGUGGGCGAAGAUGCUAAUCCCGGGAUUCACCGUCGGACUGGGGCUGCGGAGGAUGAGAUCUUCAUCUUCAACUACAAUGUCGUUGCGUUUGUUUGUUUUUGAUAAGAAUACAACAACACAAAAACCCAACUUCUCUUGGCAUGCCAAACUCAAAGCUCCCAUUGCGGAUAUCAUUAGUCCAAGACAACUGAAGAGCAGAAGCUUCAUCACCCAAGCCAGUGACAGUGAUCCUGUUAAUCCCGGGCCUAUCGACUCCCCUCUUAUGCAAUCUAUGCAACUCAAGAUAAAGGAGCAUUUGAAUGCGGAGUCAGUGUGCGUGACAGAUGCUUAUGGAGACGGUCGUCACAUCAGCAUUGAUGUGGUGUCGUCGGCAUUUGAGGGAAAAUCGGCAGUGAAUAGGCAGAGGAUGGUUUACAAAGCUAUAUGGGAAGAGCUUCAAACCACCGUCCACGCUGUUGAUCACAUGACCACCAGAACCCCCUUUGAAGCAGCCAACAACAAAUAACGAAACACACCUCACAUCAUCACGUCAUAACUUCACAUGCUUUUUGUUGCUGCUGCUGUAACUUCAUUUUCAUUGUGGACCUACUUUUUGGUCAUUUAUUUUUAAAUCAACAAAGAAACAAAGUUGUUCAAUCAUAAGUUAAUAUGAUAAGGACUCGGAUCCUCAUGUUAUCUCCUCUA